GUAUCAGUAGCUUUUUGGCAAUUUCCUAUUAAUUCGAAACUAUUGGUAUUACUAUUGGCCUUCUUGGUAUCUAUUGGGGACGGCGUCGGCGCUGGUGUUGAGCGACUGCCGUUCGUGAUUGAAAUGGUCUUGAUCUUCUUCAUACAUUCUACAGGUCGAGCGGCUAUUUCUUAGCUCGAUCCAAAGCGCCCUGAAAUUGACCAAGGCGAAGAUGUGUGUUAGCGUCAAGGUUUUCGAUAGGCGACCAACUUCCGUGAGCCGAAAACUUUUUUCUGUCGUCGACAAAUACGAUCUAGCGCUUUACAGUCUCUAUGCGAAUUGUGAGAUUGUAUUGCACCAGCGAGAACGGAAAAACACCAGAACGAAUAAUCAGGCCGAUGAGGAGUUUCGUAACAAGUCUCGCACGACGUCGACGAAACACGUCCAAGGACAACAAAGUAAUCAUCUGAUUCUUAAUGACGAUGAACAACAUCAUCAUGCAGCCACGACGACAUUGAGCCCGACAACGAGCGCGAAUACACGCAGUCCACAUCAAUUACGCUUACGCCGAGGCUCAUCUGCCUCUAGGCUCCCCGGCUUCCAAGAAGGUCAGUGUACGGCAAAUACCGACGAUUUGAUCCACCUGACGCGACUCGAACAUCAACUGAGAGUGGCCCAGCAGAUCGCAGAAAAAGAACGCCUCAAAAGUCGAGGGCUGGAGCGGAAAGUCCGCCUUCUCGAAGACAGAAUAGCCAAUAUGCGAACUUAUGGGGUCCUGGAUUUAUAAUAUUGCAUGGUGCUGUUGAUGCCGGUGCGGACCUGUAUCUGAUCAUCUUGUUCAUGACCAAAUUUUAGAGGCAAACAAGAAGCUGCGCGGUCGCGGUCCGUACAUACAACAGACUCAUGAUGGUGUCCUUUAAUUAUUAACAAGUCCUCUCCUCAUUAUGGAGGGAAAUUCGCCUACAAAAACGCCUUUACUUAUGGAGGCAAAAAAAAAAAAUAGCUUAGUCAGAUAGUCAACUAGCUACUUCAGUAGCGCUAUGGGUGGACUCUGCAGAAGCGCGACACCCUGCCGCUCGUGGUUGCAUCGGCUGGGCGAGUUGAAGAGCCGCCGCAAGGGUGCCGCGCAUGGUUUGCCUGGUUGCCCUUGCGGCGCGCCGAAUGCGUUGGGGGUCCCAGUGCAUCGCAAUGUGUCCACGGUCAUGCGCCUUCGGCAGAUGAAAAGCAGAACCGGCCGACCCAUCUAGAAACGACGCGAGCGCAGACACAGCGAGAACCGAGAAGAAGGAGGCCAACCAUGUUGCAAAAACGUGGAGAACUCGGGCGGUGGGGGUUCUCAAAUGCUGCCCCCUUUCUGGCAUGGUUAGAUACGGCGCCGGACCCCCUGAGCCCUCCCGAAGAAAUCCCGAAAAUUGCCCGCCUUCGCGUGGCUGAUUUUUCACACCCAAAUCGAGGGAGUGAUAGGCGUUGGCAAGUGUCUACAAAUUCCCUUCAAAAUGGUCGAAAUGUUCCCCGUCGAACCCCUUGAAAGCUUCGGCAAAAUCAUCGCCACGCAUGGACCCGGCAAGAAAUGUGACCAAAAUGAGCCAGCUCCAUCGGCCUCACUCAGUCGGAACUGUCAACGAUCUACAACUCCACAUCUGAGCCCCAUCCAGAGGGCCAAAAGGCCCCGAACUUGUCCAAGCCAUCGCCAGAGCAUCAGCGGCCUACCUCGAGUAAGGUAGUGCCAAGGUUACACCGCGGCACUAAUCACCCAGCGGGCGGAGCUGGGUGCCGUGGAUCAAAUCCCGCGCAGCGGCCUCGCGGCUGCUCUUCAAGUCACCCAGCCGGCACAACCACGGGCGGCAACGUGGCGCGCAUCUGCAGAGUCCAUCCAUCGCACGAUGUAAAAAGCUAGGCAACUAUCUAAUUGAGCAACUUUCUUGCUUUGCCUCCAUAAGUAGAAAGCGUUUCUGUAGGUGAAUGCCCUUCCAUACUCAUGAUCAACAUCUCAAUCUCUACUAUCGUAUGUUUAAAAUGAUCUAAGUCUUGUAUUUCCAAGAACACUGUCAAGAGCGGAUAGAGCAGCAACGUAGGUGCCAGAAUCUGCACGGCGAGACACCGGAUCGCUUCUCCGAAUUAGAGGGUGGAGGCCAUGAUGAGCAUCUCGAUCACCACAAUUUGCUGUACUAUGAUGCCCCACCAGGAGGAGAGAACGGUUCUUCAUCUCCCUCCAAGAAUAUUCAGGUCCAUCUUCGCAGCCAGACUGGAGCAGUAGAGGAUCAAGAUGGCAACGAAAUAUCCAGCAAGGAGAUGGCAGAGCACCAUGGCAACAUGAUGCAUAGCCUUACAAGUGCUGAGGG